AGAACUUCACUAGCAAACACUUCACAAGUUCAGAUUUUAGACCUGAUUAUGGUUGACGGUGAUGCGCCGCCGGCCACCUCACGGGCCGCGGAGGAGGCGGCGUUCCUCUGGGAGCUGCGCAAAUACGUGCUGCUGCUGGCCACGCUCGCCGCCACCGUCACCUACACGGCGGGGCUGGACCCGCCGGGCGGGUUCUGGACCGACAACGUGGCCGGGCCCGAGCGCCUCGCCGGCGACCCGGUGCUCCAGGUGACGUACCCCCGCCGUUACAAGGCCUUCUUCUACUGCAACGCCACCGCGUUCGUCGCCUCCCUCGUCAUCGUCAACCUCCUCCUCGUCCGCUACCUGUGCCGCCGUAGGUGGUGGCUGCGGGCGCUCCAGGCCGCCAUGAUACUCGACAUGUUCGGCCUCAUGGGGGCCUACGCCGCCGGCAGCAGCAGGGAGGUGGCCAUGUCCGCUUACAUCCUCGUGCUCGUCGUCUUGGUCUGCUCCUACGUCUCCGCCCAUGUCCUGCUCUACGGCCUGACGGCGGAGGCGAGCGCGCCGGAGGCGCCGGUGCUGGUGGAGCGCGCGCGCAAGUACCUGCUCAUUUUCGCGACUCUGGCGGCUACCGUGGCGUACCAAGCCGGGCUGAGCACGCCGGGCGGGUUCUGGCUAGGUAGCCAGGCCGGCGACCACCUCGCCGGCGACCCCAUGCUUCGCGGCAAAUACCCCUACCGCUUCAUGGUGUUCUUCUACUUCAACACCACGGCGUUCGUCGCGUCGCUGGUCACCAUCAUACUGCUCAUGAGCAAGACCGUGUCGCGCCACGGGUUCCGGUCGAGCGCGCUCUGGGUGUGCGUGGGCGCGACAAUGGUUGGGCUCACGGGCGCCUUCGCCUCCGGCAGCUGCCGCAGCUUCAAGACCUCCAUCUACGUCGUCGCGUUGGUGGUCGCCGUUCUGCUCUACAUUGCCAUCCAGGCCAUGGUGUUUGUGUGCGAGCCCGUGAAGAACUGGCUCCAUCAAGCUGGACAAACGCUGCAAAGGUGCCUGAAAUCGGAUGAACUGGAGCAGCAAAAUCAGCAGCAGAUCACGCUGUCCAACCAAGGCAAUGGCGACGCCUACCUUCUUCUCAAGAAAUCUCGCAUGUACUUGCUCCUGCUUGGGAUUCUUGCGGCGAGCGUCACAUACCAAGCAGGACUGAAUCCGCCGGGGGGCUUCUGGCAAAGCGACGGCACCGACGGUCACCGCCACUACCUCGCCGGUGACCCGGUCCUUCACAUCACAUAUCACCGGCGGUACAUGGUGUUCUUCUACUGCAACGCCACCGCGUUCAUCGCUUCGCUGGUCAUCCUCAUCCUCCUCCUAAGCAACAGGAUCAGCACACAGGGGAUCAAGUACUGCGCGCUGCAGGCCGCCAUGAUUCUUGACCUGUUUGGUCUGAUCGGCGCCUACGCCGCCGGGAGUUGCCGGCAAGCGUCCAAAUCGGUGUACGUCUCGGUGCUUGUCCUGCCGGUUUUCCUCUAUGUCGGUGUCCAUGUCUUGGUGUUCAUGCUCGAUGUGUCGCCGACAUGGGCGACAUGGCGAGAACGGGUCAGGGAGAAGCUGGAGCAAUGCGUUCCUGGAUGGCUCAAGAAUCUGCUUGAGCUGGAGGAGCAUGUCGAGGAAGAAGAAGAGGAGUGGAAGUUGGAGAAGAGGCGAAAGCUCUUGCUGCUCGUUGCGAUUCUUGCAGCAAGCCUCACCUACGAAGCGGGCAUGAAUCCUCCGGGUGGGUUCUGGCAGGAGGGCAAGUCCGGCCAUGUCGGCGACCCGGUGCUCAACGACAACUACCGGCGCCGCUACCUGGCGUUCUUCUUCUGCAACGCGACCGCGUUCGUCGCGUCUUUGGCCAUCAUCAUGUUGCUCGUGAACAGGAAGCUCUCGGCGGGAGGAAUCCGGUCGUACGCCCUGCGGGUGUGCGUGAUCCUUGACCUCGUCGGGCUCAUGGGCGCCUUCGCCGCCGGCAGCUGCAGGAACGUGAAGACGUCCAUCUACGUCUUCGUCUUGGUGUUCGCCGUUCUGCUCUGCAUCGCGUUCCAGGUUGCGCUGGUCGUGUCGGAGUCGCUGCGACGUCUCGUGGAGAGCCUCCUCGCCCAUCUGGUGCCGCUCGAGGACGACGCCGGCGAGCGGCUGCCGCACGCGGCCGGCGACAGUCAGGGCCGCGACCUGUGGGACGAGAAGCUGCCCAAGUACCUGCUGCUCCUCGCCGCGCUCGCGGCGGCCGUCGCCUACCAAGCGGCGAUGAACCCGCCAGGCGGCCUCUGGGACGAGAGCCAGGUCAGCGUCCACACCCCCGGCGACCCCGUCCUUCUCGGCAGCUAUCCGCGUCGCUACAAGGUCUUCUUCUACUGCAACGCGACCUCCUUCAUGGCGUCGCUGGUGAUAAUGGUGUUGCUGCUGAUCGAGAGGGUGAGCAACACCCGGCCGGCGCUGCUGGCGCUGCACGCCGCCAUGAUACUGGACCUGUUUGGCCUCAUGGGCGCCUACGCCGCCGGGAGCUGCAGGAGGGUGACGACGUCUGCGUACAUCUUGGCAUUGGUCAUCGGUGUCUCUGCAUACAUUGUUGUUCUGGUUGUGGCGUCCAUUGGCGUGGCGAGAUGGAUGAAGAGGAUCAUGGACAAGCUGGGGGAGAGGCUCACACGCUGCUUCUCCCUUGAAGAUCUGUAGAACCUGACGACAUGUCUGCAUCUCCCAAUCCCAGAUGACUGGUGAUCCUGGGAUUUGUAUAUAUUGUAGUUCUCUGUUCACAAUUGUUUCUGAAUUUACUUUACGGUUUUUUCUACCAUACUUAGAGCAAAUCUCAAAAAAAUUUAGACCUUGUUUAGU